CACCCCGAUGCUGCGCACAUAGCUCCGAUCAAUUGCCUGGCUUUCAUCCAUUGCCAUCCCUUUGCACUGCGACCACCGCCUAGGUUACUCGCUUGCCAAACGAUGCAGUGUUUAGGACGCGCAACGCGCUCGCUAGCGCUUCCAGCGCGUGGUCGGGGGCCAGUCCUCCGACGGGUGGUUGCGGUCGCGCGAGCCAAACCCGAGAAGAGCACCGACCAAGCGCUGCAGGGCGGGCUAGAUCCCUAUCUUGAAGUAGCAGUGCCAAAGGACCAACGGCCUGUGAACCAGCUGGCGGAGCUGAAGGCGGACCCGCUCUACUCCUGGGGCGCGCUGGAGCAGGGUGACUACGUUAAGCGGCUGGCGGGUGUGUGGUCGUUCUUCUUCGCCUUCAUUGGGGGGCCCAUCGCCUACCAGACCUUCGAGCCAGUGGACCAGCCCCUGGAGUGGUUCCUGUCCGGCACCACCGGCGCGCUGGUGGUGGUGGCGGUGGUGGUGAUCCGCAUCUACCUGGGCUGGAGCUACGUGGGCGACCGCCUGUUGUCCGCGGCUGUGCCCUACGAGGAGACCGGCUGGUAUGAUGGUGAGAUGUUUGUGAAGCCGCCCGAGGUGCUGAUGCGCGACCGCCUACUGGGCACGUACGAGGUGAAGCCGGUGCUGUCCAAGCUGCGCUCCACGCUGGUGGGCUCGGCGGGCGUGCUGCUGGCCACGGCCGUGCUGCUGUUCGGGCUCAUCAAGGCUGGCAGCGACGCCGACGGCAUGUACGGCCGCGGCGCCGCGCGUGUGCCGCGCCAGAUCUUGACUGACGGCGUGCUCUACUCCAGCCGCGUGACAGACCUGUCCCAGUUGGCCACUGAUGACGACGCAGCGGCGGCGGAGGCGGAGGCGCAGGGCGGCGUGCCAGGGUACUGCGGGGACCGGGCGCUUCGGGCGUACGCGGGCGGGCAGUACUGCCAGAAGUUUGACCGUUGAGGCGUUGACCCAGGGAGGGGUGCUCGGAUGGAUGGGGUAGCUGGGUUGCUGGGCGUGGGGGCUGGGGACUGGGUUAGCUGAGGGAGGGGCCUGGGGUGGCGAGGUUGCGUGGUGGGGUGCCGCGGCGCGUGGAGGAGUGGUUUGCGUGUGGGCGGCAAUGCAGGGCCGGGGUGACGCGGCGGGGCAGCUGUGCUAUGGAUUAUGAAACAUGCAGAGGGAAGCAUGGAGUAUGUGUGAGGCCGAAGAAUGCUGUUGUGUGUUGAUGGGUUCAGGUGGGCUCUGGCUGGGGAAAGGUGUGAGGCAGAGCCGGGGCGCCCCGUCUAUCGUAUGUCGGCUGUUGGACGGCGUUUCGCCCCAGUUGUUGGGUUGGCAGGUGCUGCCAGUAUUAGCCAACGAUACCUGGAAUUCUGGGACCGGAAGCUGAGAUGCGUGCCUGGUGCGUGUGGCUGUGCCGCAGGGACUACGGAGCCGGCUGCGUGCUGACAGCCGCUCCCCCGGUCAUGGAGUAGCAUUAGCAUGAGAUUGCGGAAGCAACAUGGCGUCAGCAGCAAGGUGGUGCACUGGUGGCUGUAGCAUUUGAGCUAGUGUUCGUUGAUGGUGGAUAAGAUACUGGAGUUUGAGGAUGUGAGACGAGGGGCUCUCGGGAGUGGAGGGGUCACGCCACUGACGUGGAUGAGCAACACAUGUGGCGACCGUGCCUGAAUGAAAGCGCUGCCAAUCUACGGUACAUACAGCUUUUACACGUAUGCACCUAA